UAUUAAAACAGAUUUAUAAAAUAUCUAAGUCCUAGGGGUUAUUAGCUUACUAAAUACAUUUUAGGGCCCAUAAUAUUACAAAUAAUCAUUUAGUUAAAACUUUACCUGAAUCUGUGAGCAAGGUCGACAUCACUAUUCCAUCGUUAUAAAAAUCGGAGUAAAGUUAUGUUACGUUGUUGAAAUAUCAUUUUUCAUCGAAAUUAUGAAUUUGGAUCCCCUAACGUUUAGUUUAUCACAAAUCAAUUGUCUCGUCGCUAAUCUAAACAAAAAGAAUUUCAAGCAGGUCAAUCGAGAAUUGACUCAGAUUAUCAGCUUGUAUGGCUCGGAAGCAGAACGGCGCGUGCUGAGGUGCUUGCUCGCCGAGGCGGCGAAGGGCAUCGAGAGCGACGCUCCCUCCGGCGCUGCUGGCGCUGCCGCCGCGCUGCUGGCGCAGCAGCUGGCCGGCCUGCUCGACCACCCGGCCAAGGCGACACUCGUGUGCAGUGUGCUCGACGACCCGCCCGAGGCUGUGCAGAAGGCUUUGAAACCUAGCAACACUUUGUUCAGUCGCUUCGCAAGGUUGCUGAAGUUCACCGUCGCGCAGGAGAUCGCCUUCUCGCUAGUUCUGAAAAACUCUUCGCUCAGACCCGACGUCGCGACCCUGGCCGAGCGGCAUCUCAACGAGCGGCUUCUGGACUUCGUUCGGUGCUACCUUGAUGCAGAUCGGGGACACGAGGCGGAGGUCGCGGGCGUGCGCGAGUGCGGGCCCGGGGUGCUGCAGCCGCUGCUGACUCGCCUGCCCGCCGGCCCGCGCCGCGCGCUCCUGCAGCGCCUGCGCGCCGCCCUGCCGCGCGACGCGGCGCCCGUGCUGCUCGCGCCGCUGCUGUACGCCGACGACACGCGCGCGCCGCCGCGCCGGGCCGCAGCGCGCGCCGAGCUGGCCGCCGCCAUGGCGCACCGCUCGCUGGCCGACGGCGUGCGCGAGCUGGGCUACCGCUUCACCGCCUCCGCCGACGAUUGCCGCAGCUUCCUGGCCGACCUCGGCGCGCGCCGGCCCGCGCCCGCCGACGUGGCGCGCGCCGUGGCCGCCAUGGUGCGCUACGACGGCGCGCGCGAGCCGCCCGGCGCCGCCUGGGACGCCGACGCGUUCGCGCGCGCCGUGCGCGACGCGGCGCCCGAGCUCGACUGGCGCGACGUCGUGCCGCAGCUCGACCACCCCGACUUCCUGGUGCCCGACCGGCGCGGCCUGGGCGCGCUGGUCGCGCUGCUGCGCGCCGGCCUGCGCGACGCCAUCCCGGCGGACGCGCUGCUGCGCCCCUGGGCCAACCUGGACGGCCAGCUUAGCCUCGUGUCGCACGCGCUCAGGCACCCGGACGUGUUCAGCUUCGCGGAGCACCCCGUGCGGCAGGUCGCCGUCGACGCGCUGAAGGCGCCGCCCGAGGCGGACGACAGGGAGGCGGCCACGUGGCGCUGCCUGCCCCUGCUGGAGCUGCUGCUGCACGCCGCGGAGCGCGGCCGCGACGUGCGCGAGCUGCUGGAGCCGCCGGCGCGCCGCUGCCCCGACGUGCUGCUGCUGGCGCUGCUGGCGCUCGGCCCGCCCGCGUGCGCGCUGGGCCGGGAGCUGCUGGCGACGCUCGUGCCGGUGUUCCUCGCCGGCCACCCCAACGCGGGCGCGCUGCUGCAGCUGGCGUGGCACGCGCCGGGCGCCGCCGCGCGGCCCGCGCUGCUACACGCCAUGGCGGAGUGGCACGCGCGCGGCGACGGCGACCAGGCGCGCCUGUCGCGCGCGCUGGACGUGGCGCAGGAGCUGAAGGCGCUGUCGGCGCUGCUCGACGUGCGCGCCUUCCCGUUCGCGAUCGAGCUGGCGUGCCUGGCGGCGCGCCGCGAGUACCUCAAGCUGGACAAGUGGCUCGCCGACAAGCUGGCGGAGCACGGCGAGAGCUUCGCGGCGGCCGCGCUGCAGCUGCUGCGGCGCCGCCGCGCGCCCGACGACGCGGCGCUGGCGGCGGGCCUGCGCCUGUGCGCGCCGGCCGCGCCGCCGGAGCUGCGGGACGCCAUCCUCGGCGCGCUGGCCGCCCGCGAGCCGUGGCCCGGCGCGUUCGCGCCGCAGCUCGACGCCGUCGCCGGCUUGGCGCCCGGCUUCGCCGGCCUGUCGCUGAGCGCGCCGGCGUUCGCCUCGGCCGGCGCGCCCGGCUCGCCCGCCAGCUUCGCCGCGAUCCCGAUGCCGCCGGCCGCGCCCGAGGACGCCGGCCGGUUCCUGGCCGCGCCCGCGUCGAAGGACGUGGAGGACGAGGCGAGCGGCUACUUCCAGCGCAUCUACAACCGGCCGCCGACGCUGUCGGUGGAGGAGGCGCUGGACGUGCUGAGCGCGUUCGGCGAGUCGGCGGCGCCGCGCGAGCGCGAGGUGUUCUCGUGCAUGCUGCGCAACCUGUUCGAGGAGUACAAGUUCUUCCCGCAGUACCCGGACGCGGACCUGCGCACCAACGCGCAGCUGUUCGGCGGCGUGCUGGCGCGCGGCGCGCUGCCGCCCGACGCGGCGGCGCUGGCGCUGCGCCUGGUGCUGGACGCGCUGCGCAAGCCGGAGGGCUCCAAGAUGUUCCGCUUCGGCGUGGCGGCGCUGGACCGGUUCAAGGCGCGCCUGAAGGACUACCACAAGUACUGCGAGCACGUGCGCGCCAUCCCGCACUUCCGGGAGCUCCCGCCGCACCUGGUGGAGUACGUGGAGUGCGGCGCGCGCGGCCGCGAGCCGGCGCCGGAGCCGCCCGCCCACAGGCCCGCGGCGUACGCGCCGGGCGCCGCCGAGCCGGCCGCCGGCCGCCCGUCCAUCGCCAACGCCACCAACAUCGACACGCUGCUGUCCGCCGCCGACGCCGAGCGGCCGGCGGCGCCGCCCGAGCCCGUGCGCGACAAGACGGCCUUCAUCUUCAACAACCUCAGCCAGCUCAACCUGCCCGCCAAGUGCGCGGAGCUGCGGGAGCUCGUCGCCGAGGAGCACUACGAGUGGCUGGCGCAGUACGUGGUCAUGAAGCGCGCCUCCAUCGAGCUCAACUUCCACGCGCUGUACGCCAGCCUGCUGGACGAGCUGGGCGCGCGCGCGCUGCGCCGCCUGGUCGCGCGCGAGACCUACCGCAACAUCGGGGUGCUGCUGCGCUCCGAGAAGGGCAUCGCCAACUUCUCCGACCGCUCGCUGCUCAAGAACCUCGGCCACUGGCUCGGCGUGCUGACGCUGGCGCGCUGCCGGCCCGUGCUGCAGCGGGAGCUGGACCUCAAGACGCUGCUGCUGGAGGCCUACCACCGCGGCCAGCGCGAGCUGCUGUACAUCGUGCCCUUCACCGCCAAGGUGCUGGAGUCGUGCGCCCGCAGCGCCGUGUUCAAGCCGCCCAACCCCUGGACGAUGGCGCUCAUGGGCGUGCUGGCCGAGCUGCACCGCGAGCCCGGCCUCAAGCUCAACCUCAAGUUCGAGAUCGAGGUGCUCUGCAAGAAGCUCAGCCUCGACAUCUCCGAGCUGAAACCCUCCCUGUAUCUGAGGGACCCCGAAAAAUUGAAAACCAUCGAGUUUCAAUGUUCGCGCCCCGACGUCGCCCCCGAGCCCGCGCCGCCGCCGCCGCCGGCCGAGCCCGCGCCCGCCGCGCCGCCGCCCGCGCCGCGCUUCAGCUACGCCGACGUGGACGUGUCGUCGACGGCGGCGCUCGGGCGCGAGCUGGCGGGCGGCGCGCACGUGGCGCUGCUGCAGAGCCACCCGCAGCUGCAGCCGGCCGCGCGCGCCGCCGUCGAGCGCGCCGUGCAGGAGUGGAUCCACCCCGUCGUGGACCGCUCCAUCAAGUACGCGCUCACCACCAGCGAGCGCCUCAUCCGCAAGGACUUCGCGGCGGACCCCGACGAGACGCGCAUGCGCACGUGCGCGCACCACCUCAUGCGCAACCUCACGGCCGGCAUGGCCAUGAUCACGUGCCGCGAGCAGAUCCUGGCCACCGUCAGCGCCAACCUGAAGGCGGCCUUCGGCGCCGCGCUCGCGCCGAGCGGCGCGCUGCAGAAGGACGUCGUGGAGAGCGCCGCGGCGGCGCUGGCCGCGGAGAACGCGGAGCUGGCCUGCGCCUUCAUCCAGAAGACGGCGGUGGAGAAGGCGCUGCCGGAGCUGGACAAGCGGCUGGCGGACGAGUACGAGCGGCGCGAGCUGGCGCGGCGCGAGGGCCGCGGCCUGGGCCCGGCGCCGGGCGCGGAGCGGCUGCCGGAGCGCGUGCGCGUGCGCGCGGGCGGCGCGCCGGCCGAGCGGCUGGCCGUGUACGAGCAGUUCGCCUGCAACAUCCCCGGCUUCGCGCCGCUGCCGUGCGCGCCGCCGCCGCCGCCGCCGCCGCCGCCGCCAACGCAGGCGUUCGGGCGCGACGCGAGCGCGCUGCUGGGCGCCGUGCAGGCGUUCCUGGCGGGCGCGGCGCCGCUGCCCGCGCUGGCGCCGCUGGCCGCGCUGGCGCUCCGCCUGCACGACGCGCUGGCGCUGGCCGGCCGCGGCCAGGACCUCGCACUGCUGCAGACGGCGGUGGAGGGGCUGCUGGGCGGGCGCGUGCGCGGCGCCGAGCACGCGGAGCAGCUGGCGCGCUUCCGCGAGCUGCACGUGCGCGCGCUGCGCCUGCUGGCCGACGCGGGCGGGCGCGCCUGGCUGCGCGAGCACGCGGCGCGCGCGGCGGCCGCGGCGCCCGACGACCUGCGCUACAACCUGGAGGCCGUGGAUUGUCUCGUCAGGAACCAGCUCCUCGACCUGCCGCAGUACGACGCGGCGCUGGCGCAGCUCAUGGACGACGGCAACAACUUCGCGGCGGUGGCGUUCGUGACGCAGCUGCUGCGCCUCUACCUGCACGACGAGCGCGAGCCCGCCUGCGCGCCCGACGCGCUGCGCCGCUGCACCGACGCGCUGCUGCGCGCCGCGCGCCCGCCCGCGCCCCCGCCCGCGCCCGCCGCGCACCUGCACGACGGCGUGCUGCUGGCGCGCCGCGACGAGCCGGCCGGCGCGCGCGACGCGGCCGACGCGCUGCUGGGCGAGUGGCGCGCGCUGGCGGCCGGCGCGCGCGCCGACGGCGAGCUGGCGCGCCACUUCCCCGCCUUCGUGCAGCGCAUGAGCGCGCGCGGCGUGCUGCAGUCGGACGCGGCGCUGGCGCGCUUCCUGCGCCUGGGCGCCGAGCAGUGCGCGCGCCACGUGCGCCGGCUGCUGGCCGCGGGCGCCGAGCGCGCCGCCUGCCACGCGCCGUGCGACGCCUUCGUGCGCCUCGUGGCGCUGCUCGUCAAGAACACGGCCGACGCGGCCGACCCCACGCCCAAGCUCAACUUGCUCAACAAGACGCUGGGCAUCCUAGCGGGCUGCCUGCUGCGCGACCAGCAGGAGAGCGGCGUGGAGUUCCAGCAGCUGCCGCACCACCGGCUGCUGCUGAUGCUGUUCCUCGACAUGGACGCGCCGGAGCCGGUGCUGGAGGCGAUGAACUACCAGAUAUUGACUGCUUUCUGCCACACCCUGCGGCUCGUGCGCCCCGCCGUGGCGCCCGGCUUCUGCUACGCCUGGCUCGAGAUCGUGGCGCACAGGGCCUUCGUGCACAGGGUGCUCGCCGCCACGCCGCAGCAGAAGGGCUGGGGAAUGUACUGCGAGCUGCUGGUCGACCUGCUGCAGUUCCUGUCGCCGUUCCUGCGCAACACGGAGCUGGCGCCGCCCGUGGCCAAGCUGUACCGCGGCGCGCUGCGGCUGCUGCUGGUGCUGCUGCACGACUUCCCCGAGUUCCUGUGCGACUACCACCACGCGCUGUGCGACGACAUCCCGCCCAACUGCGUGCAGCUGCGCAACCUGGUGCUGUCCGCCUUCCCGCGCGACAUGCGCCUGCCCGACCCCUUCACGCCCAACCUGAAGGUGGACCUGCUGCCCGACAUCGCGAGCGCGCCGCGCGCCGCCGCCGACUGCGCCGCGCGGCUGCCGGCGCGCCUGCGCGGCGAGCUGGACGCCUACCUGCGCGCGCGCGCGCCCGUCACCUUCCUGUCCGAGCUGCGCACGCACAUGCAGGUGGAGGGCGAGCCGGGGCGGCGCUACGACAGCCGGCUGAUCAACGCCGUGGUGCUGUACGUGGGCACGCGCGCGCUGGCGCAGCUGGCGGCGUGCGGCCUGGCGCCCGGCGCGGCCAGCGUGGCGCACUCGGCGCACAUGGACGUGUUCCAGAGCUUCACCGCGGACUUCGACUACGAGGGGCAGUACCUGUUCCUGAACGCGGUGGCGAACCAGCUGCGCUACCCCAACAGCCACACGCACUACUUCAGCUGCUGCCUGCUGAGCCUGUUCGCGGAGGCGCGCUGCGCCGCCGUGCAGGAGCAGAUCACGCGCACGCUGCUGGAGCGGCUCAUCGUCAACCGGCCGCACCCCUGGGGGCUGCUCGUCACCUUCAUCGAGCUCAUCAAGAACCCCGUCUACAAGUUCUGGAGCCACGACUUCGUGCACUGCGCCCCCGAGAUCGAGAAGUUGUUCGGGUCGGUGGCGCGCUCCUGCAUCGCCGAGCCGAGCGGCGCCGAGCCCAGCUGACUGCGCGAGUGACCUACAAAGCAGCUCGCUGCGCCGCCACUGCUGACGUGCCCCAACGAGCACUGGUGCCCCUACGAGCGCGUGUGUCCCUACGAGCACUGGUGCCCCUUUGAUCACUAGUUCCCCCACAAGCGCUUGUGCCCCUACGACCACUAGUUCCCCUACGAGCGCAUGUGCCCCUUCGAGUGUGUGUGCCCCUACGACCACUAGUUCCCCUACGAGCGCAUGUGCCCCUUCGAGUGUGUGUGCCCCUACGAGCGCGUGUGCCCCUACGCGCACUGGUGCCCCUACGAGCUCGUGUGCCCCAGCCGCGGCGAGCGCCCCUCGCGUGCUCUGGUGCCGGCACCCUCUUUUUGAAUAGUGGCAGAUAUUGAUUAUUUUAUUAAGUUAAAUGAGUACCUAAGUAUAAAAACAAUCUUAUAUGUUGUUAUGUAGUAAUCUACAGUCAGUGAUUCCUAAUUAUUUAAGAAAAGGUGUUUUUGUUUAUAGUUCUUUAUUUUUGCGUAGCAAACUGAUUCUGUAUAAGAUUAACUAUUUUCGUAUAAUAAAAAUUCAACAAUA